UCAUUCAGCGGUAGGCGGGGACUCUCUUUGGCCGUUGAUUUGUCAGCAUUCACGUCACUCAGGAAUAAGGGGGAAAAAAGGCGGAAGCGGCAAAAAGCUCAGCGAAGCAACAUGGAGAAGGGGAAGGAAGACAGAGGCAGCCUGGCCGGUGUUCAGCACAUUGUCCUGGUGCUCUCGGGCAAAGGCGGAGUGGGAAAGAGCACCAUUUCGACACAGCUGGCUUUGGCUCUGCGUCAGGCGGGGAAAAAGGUCGGGAUCCUGGAUGUGGACCUGUGUGGCCCCAGCACUCCGUACAUGCUCAAUGCCCAGGACCAGGAGGUUCACCAGUGCGACGGCGGCUGGGUGCCCGUCUUUGUUGGCCAGGACAAGAGCAUCGCCCUCAUGUCCAUCGGAUUCCUUCUGGAGAAGUCCGAUGACGCCGUGGUCUGGAGAGGACCCAAGAAAAAUGCUUUGAUCAAGCAGUUUGUCUCGGACGUGGCCUGGGGAGACCUGGACUUCUUGGUGGUCGAUACGCCGCCCGGGACCUCGGACGAGCACAUGGCCAUCGUGGAAGCCCUUCGGCCUUACGAUCCUUUGGGGGCCAUUCUGGUCACCACACCACAGGCCGUGUCUGUGGGAGACGUGAGGCGGGAACUCACCUUCUGCAAGAAGACCGGAAUCCGGGUCCUUGGCAUCGUGGAGAACAUGAGCAGCUUUGUCUGCCCACAUUGCUCGGAAUGCACAAAUCUCUUUUCCAAAGGCGGCGGGGAAGAGCUGGCCGAACAUGCCGGGGUGCCAUUCCUUGGUUGCGUGCCCUUGGACCCUCAGCUCGGCCAGAGUGUGGAAGGAGGCCGGAAUCUCCUCCAAGAAUUUCCCAAGAGCGCGGCCUUCCCAGCGCUGGCCAGUAUCGCCCGUCGGGUUUUGGCAGAUGCAUCCCGGCACAGCCAGUGAAGUGCGAGACCGGGCAGGAAUCCACUCCUACAAGGCCUGCUCCCAUCACGAAAGAAGCUGCGGUGAACUUCAAAGAGGUUUGACUUGACGGGAGCCCUUUCUCAGCAGAAGAAAUGAACUUUGGGCCAAAAUAAUGGCUUUAUGAAGCCAUCAGUCUAGCUUAUUUCGUGUCGAAAGCAUAAAUAAAUAAGUAUACGGAAAGUUAAGGUUUUCACCUGA